GUUAGUCGUGUAGAUAUGUUCAGAUCAAGCUACCGUCAUUGUAGAUGCUCUUGCUCAGCUCUCCCUCUCAGCCCGUUGCCUUCCAAUGUCGUGCGGCGCCCACACAGCACCCCACUCCUGGCUGUUCAUCUCUUCGCCGGCGGUGCAGCUCCCGCCGCCGUCGGGGCACCCGCGCUGCCGCGUCUCCGUCAGGGCCACAUGCGCUCCGACCUCCUCCCGCGUCCCAGCCGGUGGCGGCAACACGCGCCACCAGACCCGGCCGCGCCUCGUAGCGGCGCACUCGGUACCUCCGCCGCCGCCCCCUACCGCCAGAACCGUCCGGAGGGACGCCGCGACGGGGCUCGCUUUCCUCCUCUUCGUGCUCGCCCUGGCUCUGCAGCAGAUGGAAAUCGCAGCUCGUAAAUUGUUGAAAUUAGCAGGACAAGAGGUACCCGGAACUAUAUCGUCACUAAAGCUGUCAUUCAUGGAGAUCAACGAUCUAACCAGCCAACUAAAGAAAAUUAGGCACAUUUUCACAACAAAUAGAUCUGGGAAGGAUAGAUGACUAACGUGGCAGCAUGAUCACGGACUGAAUUCUUUAAUCUGUAGUGAUGUCUUAGUUCUUACUACUUUGUUAGAUUAUUACUUGUACCUCAAUUUCUUGAUCAUGUGUGUUGUCACAGUAUUGCUGGACACUGCAGAAACAUUCGCCUGAUAAUUGCUGUGUUGCCCAAGUUGCUGUAGCCUGGCAGAUAUAAUAUGGUGCGCAGAUAUUACCAAACAUCUCCCAGAAGAGAAUGGUUAUAUUGAUAAGGAGAUGUGUUCUGUGGCAAA